AUGUUUGGGAAACAAGACAAAAUGGACGUUAGAUGCAAUUCUGAGAUCGAAGCCAACCGGGUCUCCAAGAACGGGCACAAUAAAGAGGGCAAGGAAAGCAAAGGAUGCGAAGGAAAUAUUUCGACUUCUUUUUUGAAGGAUCCACAAGGGACUUUCUCGUCUUCUGGCGGCUCGGAAGACUGCAGCAAAAACAAAUCGAGUUCCGCUGACCCGGAUUAUUGCAGAAGAAUACUAGUCCGAGGUAGGGGGGAAUUUGCUUGUAUUUUAUUUUUUUUCCCUUUUUAUGUUGUGUCUGCGACUGGAAAAUCCCUGCUAGCGGAUUCUUGCUUUUGUUUUGUUUUUGUUUCAAGCCAAGAUUUUGCAAUGUUUCCUUUUUAUCUAUUUAUUCUGUAGAGCUAUUUCUUUCUCCACAAUUCCAGGGGCAUUUGGGGGCAUCCAGUUUUGCGGGGAUCUGGGAGACUUCCUAUUUUGCCAUAGCUCAGCAUCCCAAGCCUUGCAGCUCAGCUGGGAGGGGGUUCCGUGUCUUUCCUCCCCACGUACUUCUCGCGGUCGCUUCGCUUAAUUGUUUGGCUGCUGCUUCUCUGCCCUGGCUUCUACCCUGCAGGCAUUUCUUUCUUAGUUUAUUUUUGCGUUGCAAUGCUGAACAGACAGACAGAUAGAUAGAUACCUGGGAGUAAGCUCUACCCGACCUAAUGGGACUUGCAUCUAUACUCAGAAGUAUAGGAUUGCGCUGCCCGCUACCUUUGGGGAAGGCUGCUAGUUUGACGUGUCAAAAAAGGAAAAAGCGGGGCGGAGGAAGCGCCCUUGUUCCGACAGGGGCUGAAAGGUAGACGGGUGGUAAAGCUUCGUACCAAGCAAGGGUGCUUCGGUUUUUGCAAGCCUUAUGCUUGUUAAAUUUUGGCGAGGGACUGGGAGAUUUUGCUUUGGAGCCCGCUAUACGUAGCCACACCGGAAAGCGGUGUUUAUUUAGGUUGGAUCCGUUCCGAAGGCUGGGUCGAGUAUUUUGGAGGGUCUUUUUAAAAAAACCAAAAAACCAAAAACGGUGUAAAGUUUCCUUUCCAACUGUGAUCAUUUUCACAGAGUUUGCAUUAACUAAAAAACAAGCAAACCCAUAUAAACUCCUUCCUUUGAUUCAAUGUUUAAACCUUCCCCUUAACCCUACUGUUUGGGGGUUGGUUGGUUGUUGUUUGUUAUUUUAUUCCUUUGUGGAGUAUUCUCCUUCCCUCCCUCUAAGUCCGCCAAUGCAAUAAUUUCACAACAUUCUUUUUAAGUGUCUGAUUUAAAUUCCCAAAGUUUGUUUGCGUGUGAUAAACGUAAAGAGAAACUUCUCCUAGAACAAAGGGCCCGGUAAACAAUAAUUAAUCCUGGCGCGAUCGGUGGACCCCCUGGAAAGCGAUCACUUUAAAACAAAACAAAACUGGAGUUCCUUAGGCUUCGAGACUAAAGAUGGGAAGGUAAAAUUGUGGGAAAGCAAGGCUGGAUGAGCGGGAAGGCAAUUGGAAUUGAGGAGGUGCUCAUAAGAUGUGGAGAGCUUUAGCGGGCAGGGAAAACGGGACCAGGCUUUUUACAUGGAAAAAGAGUUCUUGGGUCCUUCAGAGAGGCGGGGGGGGGGGGAAGCCUGCCAGUUUCCAAACAGGAAGGGGGAGCCGGAAGCCGGCCUUCAAGGCGGCCUUAUAUGGUUAACCUGUGUCCUCGCCUUGUGGUUAAAAAGCCAGGCCACGCAAAUAUGAUCAUAUCAUUGCAAAGACAAAAAAUGCUAAGAAGGAGUUGCUGUUGUUAGGCCUCUGCUGAUUGGACGAAGCUGGUUCUUACACUAAACCAGCCUAUGUUGUUGUCGUCGUCGUCGUCGUCGUCGUUGUUGUAUCUUUCUAUCCCAGUUCCCUGUCUUGUGAUGAAAGUUGGUAUUUAUUUACAGGCGACGCGCUGCUAUUUUAAGGGCCUCCGGAUAGAAAUCAGGGUUGUGGAGCCUGUGGCCUCCCAGGUGUGCUUGGAUUUUCACCUCCCAUCGGCCCCCCGCCAGUCCAGGCCAAUGGUCAGGGGCGAUGGGGGUUGUAGUCGUGCAAUAUCUGGCGGGCCACAGGUUCCCCCAUCUCUGGUUUGAAAGGAGAGUCGCCUCGGCUAAACCAGCAGAUGAGGCUUCGCUCUGUCGAUAUGCAUUUGCCUUUCGGUGCAGGUCCUGAAAAUGGGUUCUUGUUCUCCUCCUCCUCCUCUUCCUCCUCCUGGGUCUAAACGUGCCUCUGUCUCUCUUUGCCAGAUGCCAAAGGUUCAAUAAGAGAGAUUAUCCUCCCGAAGGGGCUUGAUCUGGACCGACCCAAAAGGACCCGUACGUCUUUCACGGCGGAGCAACUUUACCGGCUGGAGAUGGAGUUCCAGAGGUGCCAAUACGUGGUUGGACGGGAAAGGACCGAGCUGGCCAGGCAGCUCAACCUCUCAGAAACUCAGGUACAAAAUGGGCCAGAGAAACCAAUGGAGAGAGCGGCACCUCCCCUCCCCCCGCCGCGUCCCAAACAUCCCGGGUGUGUUGCGCUCAGAGGUAGGUGACGCAGUGACUCCAACGCCGUUGCGCUGGAACGGGAGGGAGCCAGGAUCGAUCCCCCCACCCCCCCACCCCAGGUUAUGAAGCUGCAGGGGGGAGUCUACUGACUUGCUACAACAUAAUAAACCCUAGCGCUGGGGUGGCUCCCUGCAUGGCUGUGACCAAUCAAUAGAACCAGCCCUAGUUCAGGCAGGUAGACGCCUUUCCCAGAGCUUCCCAGAUCCGGACUCCAAAUGACUUUUCCGGACACUUUCACUUCCCUGCUAGGUUCCUGAAUCAUAAUUUGGUACCAUGCGGGGCCAGCACAGUUGAGACCCCUCGCUUUCCGCUCUCGCACCCACAAACAUACGUCUAUCAUCACGUUUAAAAAAAGGGGGUAGGUAGAUUCAAGGUCGGAGGCAUUUCACAGUUUGGUCGAGGCCUGAGCUGCCUGGAGGGUGUGGACGCUGCAAUUCUAAGCAAGCCUAAAUGCUUAGACGGAAAGACAGAUACGCAAAAAUAAGAGAGUUGCGUGGAAUGAAGGGUGAUUUAUGGGAGUUGUUUCCGAGUGAACAUGGCGUGUGCUGUAAAUCGUUGGCAGGCCCCUGCAAGUGAGUUAAAGGUUGCUGUGCGCGUGUUGUUAAAGAAAUACUUCUCAAAAUUUCUAGACGUAGCUGCACUCCUAGGUGCUGACGUCCAGUUACCUGCACACCGGUUGCCCUGAACUCAUUUGCAGUGGGUCGGAAAAUGGGAAUUGAUUUCAGCCUCCCGUGGUGUAAAGUUCGGGUUCUGAAGAACAGGCGAAAAGUGUGUGGAGUGGCAAAAGUACAAAAAAAGCGGGAAUAGGAUCGGAAUAAGUCACAAAAGUAACUUUUCCAAAACAGAAAAGGGAUGCAAAAUAGAUAGGAGAAGGUACAGCGUUUAAGGAGCUACCUUUAUCCUUCAGGACUGCUUUGACAGCACAGCAAUUGUGCAUGUUUACUCUGGAGUAAGUCCCGCUGUGUUCAUUGGGACUUAUUCUUUUGGGUGCCUUAGAAUUGGAAGGAAAAGUCUUUCCAACCAGAGAAGGGAGAGGGAAGGGGUUGUUUUAAUCUGACCACAUUUAAUGUCAGUGGUCAGUAGUGAUAUGAGCAAUAGAGCUCCAUUGAUUCAACCACGGUCAGGAUCCAAUCUUGUUUCUUUUGCGAGAAUCGCGGGAAAAGAUACAAGCGGAGUUUUCAGCAGGCCACCGCCUUUGUUGUUCCAAAGAGCUUUCUCUCGGGAGAGGUCGCGGUGACUGAACCUGCGCCUGUUUACUUGGAAGUAAGUCCCACACUGACUUCGAUGAGACUUGCUCCCAAGGAAAUGCGUUAACGCUGAAGGAGGGCGCAGGGUUGCAACCCAAGUGCCACCGAUGGUCCCUGGAUUUGAGUGUGUGCGUUGCUAAAAUAAAAUCUGCCUGAAGGUACCUUUAUGCGGAGUUAAGCCUCUCAGUGACCAUUUACUUCCCAGUAGAUUCAGACCGGAGGCUCCGCAGGACGAUUCUCUUGCAAAAAGUGCGCAGGCCACGCAGGCCCUUUUGUAGGAGACACCACUGCAAUGCUUCUUCGCUGCACUUACUCCCCUGCCCUUUCCACCAUGUUCUUCUAUUAUGGCGGGGUUCAUUCAUUUAUUUAUUUGGGCAGGCUGCAUUUGGUCGCAAGUCGCUUCCACGUGGGCUUCUGCAGCGCCAUCCUCUCGCGCAUGUUUACUUGGAAGUAAAGUUCCAUUCGGUUUCCACGGGGCUUGUUCUCAGGCAAGCACGGGAAAGAUUGCAGAGCGCAAUCCUACCCAGAAGAAGUUCAACGGCAUAUGUGCAUAAAGAUCUGGUUGUGGGUCGGUUUAGUUUGAAAUGAGCUUUCACCAGACUCCUGCAAUCCGGCAGUGAAGGAAACUGACUAACAGAAGCAUUUGUUGUAAUUUAUAAAACAAAACAAAAAACAAACAAAAUGGUGGGAGGCAGAGCUGGAGAUUUGAAAAGAGUAUUUUUAAAAAAAUUUCACGUCAAACAUUGCUUUUUUCAAAUUAAUUAAUUAACGUACACUAUGAAUCUGACAUGCAUGAGGUCCGCUUCAACGAGCCUGUUACAACUUUUAAACCCAAAUCCCCCCUCCCUUUCCUUCAGCCUUAGAACCACUUGCUACAAAAUGGGUAUAAGUGGGGGAGUUUUAAGGGCGGGUCCCAUUCGCCUUGGGGUUGUAUAGAGAGUCCCUGUGUAUAGCGCAGGAGGCGAGAAGGCGUUUCUGCACAGGAAGGAAAUACUGUAUGGAAGACUUACUGAAUAAAAGAAGAGCCCGAGGAAAAGAGAAUAGGAUGAGGCCGGGGGGUGGGGGGGGAAGGGAAUAAUUAUAUGCUUAUAGGGAAAUGCUUGCGGGGGAACCUUCAGAUUUCCCAGCGCCUCAAAAACCAUUCCAAGCCGGAAAAAGGGGUGUCCGGGCCAUGCUUAUUUCUGCGUCCACCUUGAAAAUGCGCUUAAGUCUUGUUGCUACUUGAUUAGCUAGUGCAAAAGAUGUGAUGGAAGAUGUGCAGGUCCCUUUAUGGAUCCCGGGGCAGGAAGAAAGAGGAGAAAGUGCGAAAAUGUGGAGAAAGGGAGGUGUGAUUUUAUUCUUCCUAAAUGAAGCGUCUGAUACAAGUAUUAUGGAGGGAGGGAAGAAAGGAGGAGAGGGAGAAAGAAAGAAAGAAAGAAAGAAAGAAAGAAAGAAAGAAAGAAAGAAUCAGUGCCAAAGAAACCCCCAAAAAAACAAAGUGUCGUAGGGAGUGGUUUCUUAAUUCGUGAAAAGAUCCUACAACUGUAAUGAAUCCUUCUGACAAGCUAAUUAGCAUUUCUUUGGCUGUCAGAUUUGGCCAUGUUGGUAUGACAAACGAAACAACCUCCGAGGCUAGAGCGUGGCAUGUGAUAUUAAUUUGAGUGAAAUAAUAUUUGAAAUGGUGGAAAGCAGACCUAAAGUCGUUGGGGGGGGCGGGGGCGGGCGGGGAAGAGAUUGAAGGUGUCUCUUUAUAAGGCUGGGGGCGAAAAAUGGGGAAUAGAGCUGGCAGUCGCUUGCCCAGAACACUCUCCCAGCUCCCUCCGGCACGCAAAAGAUGUUGACGGGAAAAUCCAACGCAAACUAUGUACGUCUGUCUAUCCAUACAUACAGCCUGCAUGCGCUUCCACAGGCGCUAGGAAAACCUCAUGCUCCCAGAGAUAAAGAAAGUGGAAGGGAAGUUGCAAAUUCGGAUGACGUCCCGUACAAAUCUUGUGUUCACGGCCUAAGAGGGAGGCUUAAAAAGGAUAAAACCUUUAAAUCUGUACUACAGAGUUUCAAGAGUGUAGGAUCUGAGGCAUUACUGAAGUAUCACUCACUGGGGAUUUUCUUCUUCUCUAAGCAAAGCUUUCUUCCUGGAAAAGAUCCUGGUGGAUUCCCGGCUCUGGAAUUGACAACCAGGUGCUCUUUCUUCUCCAUGGAAGUUUCGCUACCGGGGCCUGUUUCUACUUAAUUCUUUAAACACACACACACACAACCACCUCGCGUUGUCAAAGCGAUUCCUUCUCAUUCCGCCCCACGCCCACCCCGCAUCCUUCUGUGUGUAAGUUUCCAAUGCCUUUCCUGUCCACUUCCCGCACCUGAUGAAAUGGUAGGCGCUCUCGCCUUAUGGAAAGGCGACUCCACAAUAAUAAAUGUGUUAGUCUUUUAAGGUGCUCGAGAGUUCUUUGUUAUUUCAGCAAUUCUCCGCCACUUCAGCAACACUUUUAAGUGCCCAAGAUUGCUUGGCGAUUCUUAUCACGUUUCAAACGGCCACACACGGUCGCUAUCUUGCGCGCGCGCGCGCUCACACACACAGAGGCGCGCGCUCUUCUCCCACGUACACGCGCGCCCCCCCCCGGAAAUCUCUCCCCCCCCCCCCCCAUUUUUGCCCAAGUGCCAAGCAAACAGGAUGAGCUCAGGGCCCAGUCACAUGGGGAAAGAGGUGAAGGGAGCUUGGAGAGCUUUUCCAUGGUGGUCUUGGGUGGGGUUAGCUUUCCCAAUCCCGAUCCUAAAGUUGCCCGUGGUUUUCCCUCGCUGACCUUGUCUCUCUCCCUCCCUCGCCCCAACCCCCAAUUGCUUCUCUUUGCAGGUCAAAGUCUGGUUCCAGAACCGACGCACCAAGCAGAAGAAGGACCAAGGCAAAGACUCGGAGCUGAAAUCCGUGGUGUCGGAGACGGCGGCGACGUGCAGCGUGCUGCGGCUGCUGGAGCAAGGGCGGCUCCUCUCGCCUCCGGGCCUGCCGGGCCUCUUGCCGCCGUGCGCCACCAGCGCCUUGGGCUCAGCCUUGCGCGCGCCCAGCCUCGCCAGCGGCACCGGCGGCUCGGGAUCCGCGACGGCGGGCGGCUCCCCGCACCAGCCGGCCGUCAGCAGCAGCGCCGCCGCCGGUCCGGCGCACCCGUCCCCUCCCGGGGGCCACAACCUCUUCAGCCUGCCCGUGCCCACCCUGCUGGGCUCGGUGGCCAGCCGGCUUUCCAACCCUUUAGCGAUGGCCGGCUCCCUGGCCGGGAACUUGCAAGAACUGUCCGCUAGGUACCUGAGCUCUUCGGCCUUCGAGCCCUACUCCAGGACGGCCAAUAAAGAAGGCGUCGAGAAAAAGGCCCUGGACUGA